AUGCUUGCCACAAUUAUUGAGGAUAUAUGUGAUGAAUACGAUGCUUUUUCAUCGUAUUCCUGGGUCGCUACCACAUACCCCAUAGGUCUCUCCAUCUCGCAGCCGUUCAGCGGACAACUGACCAACCUGUUGGGCCGACGAUAUGGCCUUGUACUUUGCCUCUCAGUCUUAGCCGUAGGACAGCUUCUGUGCGGACUGGCGCCCCGUUUGUCAGUCUUCUUGCUUGGACGGAUCAUUCAGGGUCUUGGUGCAGGCUGCAUCGGCACCAUCACUGCUUUUGUCGAAACCGAUCUAGUUUCCAUGAGAAAACGGGCGCUGAUUGAAGGCAUUGGCAACAUUACAUAUGGUGUUACAUUGGCCCUGGGUGGCGUCUACGGGGGUGGCGUCGCCAACGCCAUUGGAUGGAAAUGGGCAUUCCGUAUUCAAGUGCCCUUCAUCAUUCUCGACAUCGCGAUGGUGGCAUUCUAUCUCAACAUCCCUCAGGGUAAAAGCCGUCCUAUCAGACGCCCAGUUGACUACGUCGGCAUGGUCGCUCUUCUUGUCGUCAUUAUCCUCUUUCAGUUCGGCAUGAAUGCUGGUGGUUCGGUUUUUGCCUGGAACAGCGCAGCGGUGCUAACCACCUUAAUCCUUGCCGCGGUAGGAUUCCUAGCAUUCCUCUUUUGGGAAAUCUAUAAAGCCGAGAACCCUCAUAUUCCAGUUCGAGCCCUACUACAACGUACUGUGGCCGCGUCGCAACUGAGCUCAUUCUUCUCCAACUUCGGCAACACUAGCAUAAUGUACUACGUGCCCGUGUACCUGGAGGUUCUUGGCCACUCCCCAGGCCAGAGCGGCCUACGUUUCAUUCCCUUGGCUCUCUGCUUUGCUCUUGGAUCUUUCGCCGCUGGGCUCUUCGUCAAGGUCACAGCCAAGUACUACUACAUCAACUUCCCCGUCCAAGCCUGCUCCGUACUUGGCGCCGUUAUGCUCUGUACCAUGACCCAGACAACUCCUUCUUGGGCGCCUUUCGUUUAUCUCGGCAUUUACGGUGCCGGGUCUGGCGGAGCGUACGUGACCAGACUCAUGGGUCUCCUCACCUCGGCUGAUAAGCAACAUCUCGCCGUGGUGCAAUCCUGUUCCUUCACUGUCCGCAACACUGGCACCACCAUAGGUCAGACCAUCUCCGCUGCUAUCUUUCAGAACUUGUCAGUCAAUUCCUUCCGAUCUCUUUUUCGAGGCCAGCCUGGUUUGGCUGAUCGAAUCUCGCACAACUACAAUCGGCUCGACCUGCUGAGUGGUUUGGAGAAGCAGACCGCAAUCUUCAUCUAUCUCCGUGCCGCACGUGGAGUGUUUUUCCUUGCCAUGUCGGUUCUGGUUGCCGCUGCGGUGUCGACCUUUGUUAUGCAAAAUAAUGAGCUGGUUGAUAGUCCGAGGGAGAGGCGGAGUGCUGAGGAGAAGGGAGAAUUGAAGGAAUUGAAGAAGGCGAAAGAUGAAGAACCGCCGAACUGA